CUCCCAUUUACAUCGCCGUGUUUCCUCAUCCUCCUCCCAUCUCUCAUUUCUGAUCGCCAUCCUCCUCUCAUCAACGCGAGCUGUCCCAAGCACUCUCGGCACUCGCCAUUGCGAAUUAUGUCCGCUGCUGAAAACAACUCUUCCGCCUUCAGAACCAACCCAACUGCACACUCACCUCCCAAUUCACCUUCGACGUCUCGUUCUCUUAACCUUCCUGAGCCUCCUUCCCCGAUCCAACCCACAUCAUCUAAUUCUUUAGCUGACGCCGACUCGGGCGAAGCACCACUAUCAUACGCGUUGACUCGACCUCCCAAGAAGCUGAGGCCCCCUGUCUCAAUCUUUGACCUGCCUUGUCCUCCAACUGCCGCUCCUCCGCAGGAUAAUGACGAGUUUUCUUCGCAUCUCGAUGCGCUCGAGAAGAUGUUAGAGGAAGAAGACACCGGCGCGAUCCCGACCGGCCUCGAGAUUGGCCCACAGAUCCUAGUCGAGUCGCUGAACAAGAAGCGCGUGAGAUCUUUAGUCACACAAGGGCAAACAGACCUUUCAUCGUCACUGUCGUCCGAGGGCAGCGGACCCAUUGCGAAUGACCUUACCCAAGAUACCGAUCAAAUACUCUUUGUGGACACUGCUCCUCCAUCCUCGAUACUGCCUGCGCACAAGAAGGUGCACUUUGCACCAGGAUUGGACAACGAGCAAGAGAACAAAGCUGAACCAAUAUUAGUCGUGAUCGCAGAUGGCGAUGCAAUUGAUACAACUGAUGAUAAGGAAGCGGGCCUUAAGCGAGAUCGGGACGUAGAUCAAAAGGUUGAACAGGCCCCAAAGCCGAACAAGGAGCCACGCUUGUCUCCACCGCAGAGCGCAUCAUCCAAUGAACCAUCUAACAGUUCUGCCAGCGCGGCUGUGGGAAGGAACAAAAAGGGUAAGGAGCCUGUAAGAUCAGUCGCCAGCAUGAUCGGCUCGAGACGAAAGCCGGUCGCGGCACACUCUUCCGCAGCUAGUAGAUCUUCAGUUCCGACUGCCAGGACUCCAGGGUCAACUUCUAGGACUUCAGCCGCACAGCGAACUGCACCCAGCGUCAUUACUCUAGACGAGGACGAACGCGUGGGCCCAGAUAGGACGGAUGAGAAGGCUAUCCCUGAAGCGUCGUCUGCACCGCCAAUACCAAAGAGCACAGGAGAGACCAAGCCGACAUCCUCCCCACUAUCAUCUCUCAAGCUGUAUGUGAUUCCUACGCAGAUGGACAAGGUGGUCUUCAGUACUAUGUGCGAGCGUGUGCUUCAACUUCGAGGUGAAUGGCUCGGUCCCAAGACCAAGGUACUGGCGACGGAUCCACGAGUGAAGCCAGACAUUCCAGCACUGGAUCAAGAGAACACGACUCAUAUUGUUACAGCGCUAUCCAAUAUCGAGGCUGUGAAACGGUUUUUGAACGUCAGUGAAAUCAAUCGAUCGCGAUUGUCAAUCGAGAAUGGUUAUCCGAUACUAUUAUGUACAAGAGGCCCAUGGAGCCGAAACCGUAUGUCCUCUCGAGGCCCGAAAUCCCAAUGCACGUCAGCUCACCUCAACAGGAUACUCCACCUCCUUCUCAGACCAAUCUGAAUCAGAUCAGAAGGAGAACCAGCAUCACCAUCGAUGGCCUUUCUGUUGACAGCAAACAUCAGCUCAAUUUCCAGGAAAUUAUGCAGGGUAUCCAAGAGGGUUCGCUCGGGGUAAGUGACCGU